GGAGGGGAAGGUGCGGAGCGGACGGACGCGUGAGUGAGCGAGCGAGCGAGCCCGGGGCCCCUGGGCGGCGGAGCCCUCGGGAGCUCGCACGGCCGGCAUGGCGGCCCCCGGAGCGCGCGGGGCGAGCCUCUCGGGCCUGCUGCCCGCGCAGACGUCGCUCGAGUACGCCCUGCUGGACGCCGUCACCCAGCAGGAGAAGGACGAGCUGGUCUACCAGUACCUGCGCAAGGUGGACGGCUGGGAGCGGGACCUGGCGGUGCCCGAGUUCCCGGAAGGGUUAGAAUGGCUGAACACAGAAGAGCCUCUUUCUGUUUACAAGGAUCUGUGUGGAAAAGUGGUUGUCCUCGACUUCUUCACGUACUGCUGCAUUAACUGUAUCCACGUGCUGCCCGAUCUCCACGCCCUGGAGCGCAGAUUCUCCGACAAAGAUGGUCUUCUGAUUGUGGGUGUUCACUCAGCUAAGUUUCCAAAUGAAAAGGUCCUGGACAAUAUCAAGAGUGCUGUCCUUCGGUACGACAUCACCCACCCUGUGGUUAACGAUGCAGAUGCCAGCCUUUGGCAGGAGCUUGAAGUCUCCUGCUGGCCCACACUGGUCAUCCUGGGACCUCGUGGAAACAUGCUGUUUUCUUUGAUUGGAGAGGGACACAAAGAUAAACUGUUUUCAUAUACUUCUAUGGCUUUAAAGUAUUACAAAGACAGGGGACAGAUCAGAGACGGGAAGAUUGGAAUAAAACUCUUUAAAGAGUCUCUGCCACCGUCACCAUUGCUGUUCCCUGGCAAAGUCACCGUGGACCAUGCUACCGGCAGACUGGUGGUUGCAGACACUGGGCACCAUAGAAUCUUGGUCAUUCAGAAAAACGGACAGAUUCAGUACAGCAUUGGAGGACCUAACCCUGGAAGAAAAGAUGGAAUGUUUUCAGAGUCGUCUUUUAAUUCUCCACAGGGUGUAGCUAUCGUGAAUAAUGUCAUCUAUGUGGCUGACACUGAAAACCACCUUAUAAGAAAGGUUGACCUAGAAGCUGAGAAGGUGAGCACUGUUGCUGGCGUCGGCGUCCAAGGGACAGAUACCGAGGGGGGAGAGAGAGGCGAGAAGCAGCCCAUCAGCUCCCCGUGGGAUGUCGUGGUUGGAACCUCAGGUUCAGAGGUCCAAAGAAAUGACAUCCUGUGGAUAGCCAUGGCCGGGACUCAUCAGAUAUGGGCACUCCUCCUGGACUCUGGCUCACUGCCAAAGAAAAGUGAGCUAAAAAAGGGGACCUGCCUUCGUUUUGCUGGGAGUGGAAAUGAAGAGAACCGAAACAAUGCAUAUCCUCACAAGGCGGGUUUUGCCCAACCCUCAGGCCUCUCUCUGGCCCCAGAAGACCCCUGGAGCUGCCUCUUUGUGGCAGAUAGCGAGAGCAGCACAGUGAGAAGCGUCUCACUCAAAGAUGGAGCGGUGAAGCACCUUGUAGGAGGAGAGCGGGACCCCAUGAAUUUAUUUGCUUUUGGUGACAUUGAUGGAGCAGGCAUCGACGCGAAACUUCAACAUCCACUUGGGGUUGCAUGGGACCAGAAGAGGGACCUGCUGUAUGUGGCGGACUCCUAUAAUCACAAGAUUAAAGUUGUAGAUCCAAAAACAAAAGUCUGCACAACGCUAGCGGGAACCGGAGUUGCAAACAAUGCUGUUUCCAGUUUUGUGGAGUCGGCCUUUAAUGAGCCUGGAGGCUUGUGUGUCGGUGAGAGCGGUCGGCUGUUGUAUGUAGCAGACACCAAUAAUCACCAGAUCAAAGUGAUGGACCUGGAAACGAGGACAGUCUCUGUGCUCCCAAUCCUCAAGCCUGGCAGUGUCGUGGUCGACGGCGCCUUCCCGACAGAGAAACAGAAGACAGUGCCCAAAGUGCCCAAGGCUGCCCCAAACAUUGAACUCACCCCUGUGGCUGUGCGUCCUGGCCAGACUCUGCAACUCAAGCUCAAGCUGGACCUUCCUCCAGGAGCAAAGCUGACAGAAGGCGUGACAAGCUGCUGGUUCCUGACUGCUGAAGGCAAUGAGUGGCUUCUUCAGGAACAGAUCCCAUCUGGAGACAUAGAGAGUAUUUCCAGUCAGCCCACAAUUUCACUGCGGAUUCCUGCCGAUUGCCUGUCACUUGAAGCUGUGAUAUCCGUCAGCGUGUUUCUUUACUACUGUAGUGCAGACAGUAGUGCGUGCAUGAUGAAGGCAAUCUUGUUCAGGCAGCCUUUGCACAUAACUGAUACCCAGCCAGGCUGUGGAGUUCCCGUAGAGCUCACACAUGUGUUCUAGAGAGCCAGCCAGAAGGAGGCCGCUCACCACAGCCCUCACCACAGCCACCACCACAAAGCCCCAUCCAUCCUCCAUCUGUCGUUUAGGGAGAAAGCAUUACGGAAGCCCAUUGCUCAGUUGUGACAACUGACACCAAAAUAAAGUUGUGCUCCUUAUUAACAUUUUAAUUCUAAACAAAUUUCUUCAUUUCAGCUGUGUACUAGCCGGGCAAUGCCCAUCAUUUAAACCACAGUAAUGUAAGCUUUGCUGCUCUCGGCACAAGGCUGCAGUCCAGGCUGUCUUAGAUGAUACUGUGAUUUUCAGUCAAUACCAAUGACACCAGGGGUUUUAAGUGACCUCUUCUGCCUUGUCAGUGGCAGUAAGCCCACCUCGUGUGUGACCGUCACAGUAACUGGACGGCCCUCAGCUGUGCACCUUUAUGUGAGACGCCUCCAGUUAGUGUCUAAGGUCUGCUUGAAGCCGCAACAACAAACACUAUGCUCACUAGAAGCUGAAAGCACACGAGAGGUCACUGAUUAUCUCUUCUGUGUUUUUUCAAAUCUGAGGUAUUUUUAAAAGAGAGUUUUGAUCUAUUUUUAUUAUAAAUUAUUUGUUUUAACAUGCCAUUAUUAAUGCCUUAUAACUUUAUACAGAGAAACAAUUUCUAAGGGCAUGAAGACCUAUUCUUAACUAUUUUUCAAAUGAACAUAUUCCUAACAGACAAUGCCUAGAUCCCCAGAGACACGCUGACUUUUGAGGUGGGGUUCAGGCUAUGUUGCUGUGUGUGAUAGUUUAUUGUAAUGGUGGAACUUGAUAUAAGUGAGUAUUGUGUUGUUUUGGGAAUUUACAUUUCAGUUUUAAGACUUAAAUACAGAUUUAUUGAGUUCGGUUUUUUUUUUUUGUUAUUGUUUGGUUACCAUAUUUAGAAUUUAAAUUAUGAUCGUUAAUUCUGAUAUUUUGAAAACUCACAUGUAAACCUUCAAAUUGCUGUUAUCAAUGUAAAAUAUUUUAAUGCAGUUGACAGGUGUAGUUAAAGUAUUAGGGCUGAAACACAGUGAUUUGCUGACUCUUGUGGUAUUUGUUUUCUUUAGCCUUAUAAGAAGCAUCACUAAAAGGGUUAGUGGAGAGUGUGAUUCUCGGUGUCACUGUGACUAUCAUAGAUUAUCAUCAUAACUGUAAAGCCCAUUUGCUUGUUUAAAACA